AUGGCCCUUUUUACUUUCGAUGCUCUAUCCUCCCCACUGACAUACUUUUACGACCGUUAUGAAUGUUGGGACUGCAAGAUUGGACACUGUGAACUCCAGCCUCAGCUUGUACAUACACCCUCACAACGAUCGCUUGCUGCUUCGGACCAUUCUUCCUUCUCAGACUAUGCAUCGGAAGCAUCGAGCGUUGAGCAACGAAACCGGUCCGUACAGUAUGAGACUCCGCCGUCCCGAGCACACUCACCAAUUGCCACCAAAACGGCCGACUCCGAGAUGACCUUGCCGUCUCGACCUGUGACAGCGUACCCGGCUCCACUCAAUGUCAGGCGCAGUCAAGCUCCACAAACGCGGAUUCGAAUUUCCGACCUGUACAGAGACAUACAUAAUAUCAGCCCUCCAACGCCUGGGGUGGAUGAAACACCGUAUAUACGAUUUGCCAUCGAGCAACUCACUCGCGAUGAAGAGCUAAUGGGAAGGGCGCGGCAGGGCUCAGACUCUAGUCUUGAUUACCCAGGCGAGCGUGGCAUCUCAGACGAAGGAUUGGGCUAUAAUGCCGCUCUUACGCCUCAGAAGCCAGCUGCACGCCGCCCACGAAGACCACGAAUGCCGAUUGAAGAGGUUUCGAGACAAGUUGUUGACGAUAUCUAUAUUACCGCUGAUCCGCCUGAGCAUCCUCAAUUUCCGCAACUUGGCUAUCUACCACCACUUCUCAGAUUACCUUUGCUCUUACUCUUUAUUUGCGUGUGCCUACUGAUGAUUGCGGCCCUGAUAUUUUGUAAUGUAUACUGCCUCCAGAACAAUGGAUUGUACGAUUAUGACGGCACGGGCACAGCAAGGUAUUUCAUUUUUCAGUUCAUGCCACAGCUUUUGGGCAUCAUUGUCAUUUUCUGGAUUUUUGUUCUGCAAGCGGCUGUCUAUCGCAUUAUACCCUUUGCUUCUAUGGCUACUCGGCGUUCUCAAGAUCGUGUGUUGCAAGACAUGUCCAUACAUCCUGCGAAUUUUCUCCUUCCAGAUUUGAGACAUUUCCAAAGUGGCGAACCAGUUGUUGGAAUGUGUUUGCUGGUUUUCUGGAUUUCGUAUAUUACUGUACCAUUACUCAGUUCCAUGUUUCAGACUGGGCUGUUUGAGAUCAACGGCCUCCAGCGGUGGCGGUGGACAAGUGUCCAGGUCGUGGUUUGGAUUUUGGUCGCUCUUUAUGCCCUGCUCAUUGCGGCGACGGUGCUGAUCGUGCUGCGCUUUCGGAGGCGCGAGUCUGCUCUGAUGUGGGAUCCGGUGUCCCUGGCCGAUCUGAUCAUGCUUUUCCAAAAGUCAAACAUCGUCACCGAUCUCGACGGUUCAGAGAUCUCCGAGUCCAUACGAGCACACAUACCGCCGAGGCCCUUACGACUGGGCUACUGGACCACGUCAAGAACCGCUGAAAUCUUCCACACAAUCGGCGAGGAGAACGCACCGCUUCGAAGACUUUCAAGAGGGCAGAAUGCGAGCAACGGAAAGCACAUGGAAGGCUACGACUCGCCAAACAUCGACAUCGAACAGCAGCGCUACUCCCACGCCGAAUCUUUCAACCGCAACAUCCACUCCCCCUUCUUUCGCUACCGCUGGACCCCUCGAUUCCUCCGCGACUCAGCUGUCGUCGCCUGGAUAGUCGCAGCGCUAACCCUCUACCUGGCAUUCCUGAUCGUCAGCUUUGUCAACUCCGCCGUCGAGCGCGGCUUCCCACCCGGUGGCGUCCGCACCGUCACCAACCCGCACGGAUUUUCGCCCUCGAACUUCCUCUUCAGCUUCCUGCCCUCCCUCCUCGGGAUGGUCCUCCUCCUCGCCUGGCAACCGAUCGACACCUACUUCCGCGCCAUCCAACCCUUCGCCAACCUGUCCUCCUCGCUCGACGGCGCAUCCGCAAAAGACAGCCUCCUCCUCUCCUACCCGGCCUGCUACCCACUCCAAACCACCUUCGUCGCCCUCCAAAACCACGACUACAAAGUCUCCUGGAUCUCGCUCGUCAGCGUGCUGUCCGCCACCAUCCCCGUCCUCGCCGGCGGCAUCUUCACCGCCCAGUUCUUCAACCAAUCCGAAGUCCGUAUCGCCGCCACCAUGCCGGCUUAUUACGCCCUCUGCGUGUUCCUGGGCGUCUACGCAUUCUCGUUUCUGGUGGUCUGGUCCAAGAGGAAGAGGUACCUGCCCCAUGCCAUCAGCACAUUGGCGGAUUAUCUCAGCUUUUUGUAUGUGAGUCCGCUUUUGGCCGAUCCGGUGUUUGUUGGGGUGAGGUCGAAGGAGGAACUCAGGGAGAGGUUGGUGGGGCGAGGGGGAGCGGGAAAGAAGAGGCGGAGGAUAGAGGUCAGAGGGGAGGCGGGUGAGGAGAGAUUUGUAUUUGGGGUUUAUGUCGGGCGGGAUGGCAGGGAGCAUCUGGGUAUUGAUCGCUUGCAUAGGGGGGUGAUUGAGCCUAGGACUGGAGAAGCAGGGAGAGGAGGAAGGAUAUGA